UAGACCCGGAAACUUUCUAGGUUGUGUUAAAUAACUUGGUAUAGGAUUUUAUUCAAUAGCCUCUGCCUUCUGGGUCUUUAUACAUUCAGGAAGUCCCAGAGUUUGAACUCCGAAAACACCUAUGCUGGUGUGCUUCUUUCAUUUUUACCUGAUUACUUUAAUCCGACUCACAUGUUAUUCAUGUAAUUUCAAAUCAAGACCGAUAUUGAUUAUUGGAUGAUAAAUGACCUUAGGGAGACCUAUUAUCCAAAGCUGUGCAGUACUGUCUGCAAAUGACCUAUAGAGUUUCAGGACUGUUGCAGAGGAGCGGCAAAAUAUUAAAAGGAUGUUAUUACGGCACCUUGAAGCUUGCAGUAGAUGGCAGUAUAAAGCGUGCCAAACCACCUAAUUAUGAUUUCUUUAGCUCUGGAAAUAAUUACCUAAGAUUCCUAUUUGAUAAUACUAAAACUAUGGACCGAUUUAACGAUAAUUCAAAAGUAAUAGUGGUCGAAGGUAAUAUUGCCUCCGGAAAAUCUAACGUCGCUGCUAAGUUGGCUAAAUAUCUUGAUAUGGAGUAUUUUCCUGACCCAACUGAAGACGACAUAUAUGUUUAUAGAAAUGUGGAGCCAAAUUUUGAUAUUCGCUGUCACAACUUUUUGCUUCCUGAUUAUGCAAAAUACUAUACAUGUGAAAUGUUUUGGAAUGAACCGGAUCUCAUAAAUAAAGGAAAAGGACUAUAUCUUCAAUACCAUUUCUACUUAAGACGUUAUUGGAAUUACUUAAGAGCAUUAUGUCAUUUAUUUAAUACAGGUCAAGGCGUUGUGAUUGACCGAAGUCCGUUUUCAGAGUUUAUAUUCGCUGAAGCCAUGCAUAAGUGCAAUUAUCUGUCAGAACGGGGAUUAUUAUGGUUCAAACAAAAUCACACGAUGACUAUAAACAACCUCUGGAAACCGCAUCUACUAGUGUACAUCAAGGCUCCUAUUAAGCAAAUACGUGAAAAAAUAAAGAAACGUAAUAUCCCUUGGGAGGUAAACGCACGCAAUCUAACUGAUGAAUUCUUAAAUGCUUACGAAGAUUUACUUGGAAAUUACUAUAUAGAAAAUAUGGACCGUUACUCUCAUAUCCUCACUGUUGAUGGUUCUACAGUGGAUGUUUACGAUGAUGAUGAUAUCUAUAUUAUUGCACAAAAUGCCACUGAAAUUGACUUAAGUGGUCAAUAUUUAAUGCGUGAUGAUUACAAACUUCUUCAAUGGCGUCUUGCUUUAAGAUACGCAAGUAGUCUAAUAAGUUCCAGACUCGAUUUUUCAAAUGCUCAUGAAAAAUUUACAAGAGUAUUUGAUCAAGUAGAAUUUCCUAUGGAUUUAAAUGAAUUAACUUAUACUUAUGAAGCACAAGAAUUACAAGGUGCAGCUAUUCAUAUGGAUCCUCGUACUUGUAUACCACCGGCAUAUAAUCCAAAAUAUAAAAGUAUACUUGAAAUAAUGUUUAAUCCAUGGAUUAUAAAAACUAAUUUCAGGGCUGAUCUACCAAAAAAUUAUAUUUGGAAUUGAGUUCCCAAAUCGAACUAUACCGGUAAGUAUGUCUUAACAACAACCACAACAACAAAAAGAAAAAAAGCAGGAAACUGUGCUAACGGAUCAACAAUCGAAUUCUAAUGAAUAAACCAUAGAAGUAAACUCAACUUGGACAAUAUGUAGAAGAAAGAAAAAAGAAGAAAUUGAGAAAAAAGAAAGAAUUCUGGAGAAAUCAUUAAAAAAGAAAACAAAAAAGCAAAAAACAAAGAUCUUUCAACAGAAUUAACAAUAAAAAGAUAAUACCGGCUAUCAGAUAUAGAAUGCCGCUAAUUCACAUGCUUUUUUUGUCUUUCAGGGGAUGAAGAAGAAUUAUUGAAUUUGUAAAAGAUUUUGCUUUUCUUAUUCAAAGUAGUUUAUGGGAUUUUCACGCUUGAAGUUUUAUC